GUUAUGGUAAUCUCUCGAGUUUCAAAAACUUUGAUUUAUCAGCCGUGUUAGACAUCGGAGACGAAAGGAAGUUGUUUGUCACUUAGAUAAAGUAAAUUGGUGUCAUAGAAUUUGCUUGAAACAUAAUGGCUUCGUCCAUCAGGAAAGCACAGUCGCCAUUGUCUUGUCAGCUUUGUGACCAUCCUAAUGUUAUAAAAUGGAAGUGUAAGGAUUGCGCAAUAUUAAUGUGUGACAACUGUAAAGAACGUGUCCAUCCCAGAUUUAAAUUGUCCGAAACACAUACUAUAAUUUUCAUAACAGAUAUUGGAAAGAAGGAAAGUGAUAUUUCUGCUCAGAUUUCCCGAACAGUAAUAUCGUCACUACUAUCUACAUAUGCGUCAGAUUUUGCUGCUUUCAAUAAAAUCCAAUAUUCUGGCAAUGACACAAUUUACUGCUCGUACAAUACAAAUGAGAACGGAUACAAGUUUUUCAUUAUUCGGUUAUUGAAGGAAUCAAUAAAAGUAUUACAGGAAUUAGAUAUAGAAUGUUCAGAUUUUGCACUCGGCAGUAAAGAUGAAAUAUACUAUGGACAGUUCCGUGCUUCUGAGUUAAAAGUUUUAUCAAUUGGUGGUAUAACAAAUACAGUUUUUAGCACUUCACCGAUGAUUAUAUUGGGCCUACAUAUCAAUAAUGACAACGAAAUAAUUCUAGGUCUUCGAGAACAAGGACCACCAUUUCCGGUCACAGAAUUCUGUACCAGACAAAUUGUUGUAUUCGACGAAAACAACAAACGAAAAUUAACGAUUGAAUACGAUCAAAAGAGUAAAAAACUGUUUAGUUAUAUCGAUAGAAUAUCCACUGAUUCAUAUUAUAACAUCUAUGCAAUUGAUCUAUUUGAAAAUUUAGAAGGACGUUUAGUCGCGUUAGAAAGAUCUGGUGGUAUAAAAUUCAUAUACAAUGGUCAUAAAAGUAUCAAUACACCACAAACACCGUUCAAUCCAAAUGGUAUUGUUAUCACAAAAACAAAUACCAUAAUAGUCUCCGAUAAAAAUAACCACUCUCUACAUGCAUUGAAUACAGAGGGAGAGCUGAUUGGCUUACAAACUGUAACAGAUCUUGGAAUAAAACGUCCGUUGAGUCUGUGCAUGGAUAGUGAAGGAUUUCUAUUGAUUGGAUGCAACUCUAGCUCCAUCGAAGCAGGUGAUGCCAAAAUUCACGUCGUUAAAAUAUAAUUGAGAUUUAUUUCUCUAAGAAAUAACAUUUAUUUUACUCCUUAUGUAAUAUAGUGUUCAAUUUUUUUCCUUUUUUGUUUGUAUAUAAAGAAUGGUUAUGUUGUGAUAAAGGAGUGCGAUCGGUGAAAUAUUGCGUAUUUUCAAAUGUUAUGUUGUAUUGUUCUGUAACCAUGUAUAGAUAAGCAUUUUAGUUUUCGACUAUUUAAUUUUGCUUUAAAGUUAGAAUUUCGGACCACCGAUAUAAAUUUGGUAAUAUAUAUUUUAUUUUCUGAAACAAUAACUCUUGCAGGACUUUCAGACAAAGAUUUUUAUUUUCAGACCGAAAUACGUCAUUCCAUGGUUGCCGCUAUUUUCCUUUUUUCUGUAUAAACAUUCUUCGUGAAAAUUUGCACAUGUUUUCAAUUGUAUUGUUUCAUUUAAGAGGUCAAAUUGUAGAACAUAAAAAAGUAAAAUAAGUAA